AUGAUUUUCUCUAUUUGGAAUGUAAGGGGCUUGAAUGACCCUGGAAAAGUUGCCUCUGUAAAGAGGUUGCUUCAUUCUCAUUCAGUUGAUGUUAUUGGCCGUCUUGAAACAAAAGUCAAAUCAAACAAUGUUUUCAGUUACCAAAAGAAGUUUGGCUCUUCUUGGCUUUGGGUGUUCAAUUAUGAUCAUUCUCCUAAACGGAGGAUUUGGCUUGGUUGGAAUGCAAAUAGAGUAACUGUCAAUGUCUUAAAGAUUCAUGAGCAGUUUAUACAUUGUUAUGUCCUUUCUAAGGAUCUUUCUACUCAAAUUCAUCUCACUGUUAUCUAUGGGCUUCAUUCUAUUCAUGAUAGGCUUCCUAUGUGGGAAGGGAUUAGGAACAUCUCUAUUCAGCAUUCUCCUUGGCUCUAUGCUGGUGACUUUAACUCUGUUCUUCAUACUUUAGAUAGGCUUCAUGGUACUGGUGUUACUGAUUAUGAGACUAGAGAUUUCCAGAGUUUGGUUGAUGAUUUGGACCUCACUGAGGUCAAGAGCAAAGGAGCCUUCUACUCUUGGUCAAAUAAGGCUCACACUGGUCCUAGAACUCUUUCUAGGAUUGAUAGAGUCUUUGGUAACCAAGCUUGGUUGGACUCUCAUGGUCAUGUUGAAACUGUUUAUCUUCCCCCUUCUUUAUCUGACCACAGUCCAAUUCUUUUGGAUAUUUGUCCUGCUCCUUCUGGGAAAGGUAGACCUUUAAGAUUUCUCAACUAUAUUGUUGAUCAUCCUGAUUUCCUUGAUACUGUUUCUCAGGCUUGGUGUUCUGGUAGUUCUGUUUGGCAGAAGCUUAAUUCUGUGAAGUCUAGUAUCAAGUCUCUUAAUAGCAAGCAGUUUGGCAAUAUUGUUGAGAAGAUUGAUCAAGCUAAUGCUGAGCUUGCUGGAAUUCAGAACUUAAUGGCUUAG